CGUCCACAAGCAGCUGAUUUUUGUUUAUUAACGAAUUUAAUAUUUUGGAUUAACAAUGAUUGCAAAUGGAAAAAGAACUCGUGCGAAAAACUUCACAAUGGGUGAGGAAUUAAUUCUGGAGUACCUGGUCCUGCAGCACAAGGAUGUGGUUUGCAGUCAGAAGAGCGGUGCGGAUGUAUGGCGCAAGAAAAAAGACACCUGGAAACAAAUCGCCGCAGAUUUUGCAAUUCAAUCCGGAAUUGAACGUCCGUGGCAAGCAUUGCGCGAUAAACACAUAAAUUCCACGCGAUUAAAGCGAGUAAAGGGUCUCAAUGAAAUGGGCAAUAAAACUACAUUCAAUGAUACGGACUUCCAGCGAGAUUUGUCCAAUUCAGCAGUCUCUACAAUCAGUGGAGCUGUUAAAGAUGAAGAAAGUAGCUCCGACUUUGAUCCAGAAUAUGAUCCCAAAAACACUAUUAGAAGCACCUCCAGUGAACCUCCGUUCGAGCAGGACAACUCAAACUUUUCGACUUCAAAAGUCAAAGUAAAAUCAGUCAAUGAUUUGAGAAAAGAGGAGGCCACAAACAUCCUUGCAGAUGAAAAACUAAAUCUGCUGAAAGUCCAACAAGAUUACUAUCGAAAUGAAAACUCCAGGGCAGCCGAAAAGCACAAAGUCGAGAUGGAAAAGCAGAAAAUCGAACUAGAACAGCGGAAAGUAGAGCUUGAGCAGUACAAACUGGAUUUAGAAAAGUUUCAGGUGGAACUGCAGGGAAAGCGCCUGAAAAACAAACUACUCGAAAUGGAAAUCCUGGAGAAACAGGGCAACAUCAAGGAUAACAAAGAUACUACUUAGGAACUAAUUCUGCUCUUCAUAUAUAAUUUAUAAUGAGUGGCAGCAGCAGCAACAGCAGCAUCAACACGCACACCAACAAAGCAGAAAAUGCCAGGAGCAGCAGAAGCUGCAAGGAAACCAAAGGACGAGGAUUCGAUAAAGGGAAAAUUGUGGGAGUCAGAGAGAAAGAGAAAGAAGGCGUGGACGGGAGUCGGGUGAAAGCAGAAGGAAAGGGGCUCCAAAGGUUUCCACUUCAGUGUGCAAAGUGCGUCAGGUGCAUGACAAAAAGAUACGCACUUUAAAUUGGAAAAGGAAAUAGAAGACAUAAAUGCGCCUCUCGAAUGACAGCUGUCAAAUGUUUCGCUUAAUGUCACUGUGAAAAUGCCUCAACGAGCCAAUCACAACACCAAUUUGAGCAACAUCAAGAAAAACAUUAAACGACAACAAAACCGGCAAAUGCUACAAAAUGCCAAUCAAGCAACACAUUUUGAACAUUUAACCCUCUAAAUAAUACACAAUUAAAUUGAAAAUAAUUUCGUGAAAUUAUAAUAAUUCAAUUAAAAAUUGAACUAAACAAAAACAUUUUCGAAAAUCAACGCAAAAUUUUAAAAUUGGCAACAUAACUUUUGGUCUUUAAUCAAAUUCAACAAAAUAGUAAAUCAACAAAAACGAUUUUUGGCAAAGCUGCGUGCAACAUAAAACAUCAAAUAAAAUAACAAAUUUAAAUUAUCUCAAACGUCCACACGUGAACAUGUUUUGCAAUUAAGAUGCAAAACUAAAUAAAAUCAAUGUAAAUUUUUUAAAUCAACAAAAGAAUAUAUAAAACAAAACCGUCAGCAAAGAAAACCAGCCCAAAAUCAGUUUAAACACCGGAGGGAAAUCUUUUUAGAACAAACGCAAAAAACCGCAAAAAUUUAAGCCACCAAAUUGGUAAACUCUUCAAAAUUAUUGGUUCGGACAUACGCAAUACUAAACACAGCAACACAACAACAACAGCAGCAGCCAUAGCAACUGAACAACAACAACAACAGCAACUACUACAGUGAUCACUACAGUAAAAGCAACCUACAGUAAAAAAGCAGCAAAGAAAACGUGUGUGUUAGUUUGCAUAAAAAUUUCGUUUCGAUAAAAAGCAAAGCAAAAAUAUUAAGCAAAACAAAAAAUUAUUACCAAUCGUAAUACAUGUAUUUAUAAAAUAUAUAUAUAUACCUAUACAUAUAUCUAUGCUUACAAAUUAUAUCGAAGAAUAUUUGGUAAACAAUUUUUGAUAAACAAAUCGAGUAUAUAUACUUAAAUAAUUAGCAACAAAACUGAAAAAUAAUAAGAACAAAAAACGUUUGGCAAAGGAAGUGCAAGAAGUGCAGUUUAAUAAACUAAACAAAAAAACUUAUAAAUUCAAAAUUAACAUUUGUGAAAAGUUUUACAAUUGAGGAUUCUGGAUUUGGAUUAAUACGAAAAUUUGCAAUUGGAUAUUAAGGUAAGCAGUUGUGUCUUUGUUCGAACUAAUUGGGACGUACUAUGGCUUAACGUAAAUAUUUUGCUCCUCCUGGACCAGUUUGAAAUACCCACCCUAAGUAACUAUGCUUUCUAUGAUCGCUCAAGCGUUUACCAACUGGGGUCAAAGUUAUCAUGUCAUUCAUUUGUCGUGUUCGGAUUCGGAUAUUCAGUUUUGAGAUUCGGUAAAUUUUCUAUGCCAAAGC